GUUCAUACUCUACCAGCUGCUGCAUCUGUACAGAUUGCCAGAAUGCAGCAGGCAGAUUCCUUGGCCCGGCCCGUUUGCCUAAUCCUCCCAUUGCCUACAUAAGAGCUUUCAUUUCCUCCUCUUCUUCUCACCAAACUACAGCUCAUUCCACAAAUACAACACUUCUACCAAACUCUUCCAAACUCAAAUCAAUCAACAUGUCUGAUUCCAUGCGCAAGGGUCUUGGUGACCAGGUCUCGGAGAAGGUUACUCCAGAUUCUCAAAAGUCUACCACCGACAAGAUCGGAGAGAACAUCACCGGAGCUACCGACAAGGUUGCCGGUGCCGUUCAACCUGAGGGCGACAAGUCCACCACCCAAAAGAUUGGUGACUCCACCCGCUCCAACGCCGACAGUGCUCAAAACGAGGGCGGCUCUCUCCUCGACUCCACCAAGAACACCCUUGGUAGCGCUGCCAACACCGUCUCCGACACCCUCUCUGGUGCUGCCGACUCUGUCACUGGCGCAUCCAAGGAUGCUACCAAGUAAAGCUAUUUCACCAUGAUACCCCCUUCUUCGAUUCUCGCGGAACCUUGAUGGAAAGAACUUUGGGACGAAACAAUUUGGGAUAUGAUCAGGGAUAUGGGAAUGCAAUUCUCGUUUGUUAUGUAUGUUAUGAGGAU